AUUAUGAUCGUAGUGAAUUAUUUAUUAUAAAUUAUUCUGUCUCAAAGAUGUUAUCAAAAGUUACCUGAGAAGUCAAGAAAGCUAAGAAUCUGCCAAUGAUGGACCGGAAGAGAAACACCACUGAUGCUUAUGUAGAAAUACACUGGUUUGAUGGUAGUAUCAAGAAAACCAAUGUUAUAAAAGGUAGCCUUGAUCCAGAAUGGAACGAAUCUUUCUCUUAUGAAGGAAUUUAUGAUGCUGAUUUACAGGACUACCCUCAAGAUUUAAACAGUCUAAGCAAAAUGGAUAUCUCUAACUCUUUCUCGUUGUAUAACAAGUCUAUUCUGAGUUUCUACGUGUUCUCGUCAGCUUCCUUAAUAGGAACAGUAUACAUUGAACUAGGGACUUAUUUCAGAGCAGAUGACAAACAAGAGAUUAAAUUUCAAUGCCAAUACCCCAUAUUCCACCCAGCAGAAGGGAUUAGAGGGGAGCUCUUCCUCAAACUCAAGCUGGUGAGGGAAGAAAAUCAGCUCAGAAACAUACAAAUUUUACCUGAAAAUCCAUACUACGACGGGAGCAGGCUAGUUUCCUCUCUUCUGAUAAACUUCUUCUCUUCUCAAUCAGCACCAGAUACAGAAAUUUACACCUGCAAAAUGAUAGAAUUCGUAGAAGAACUAGCAACAAUUUCAGAUAGAAAAAGAGGAGCAAUCUCGCAAAAAUACCAAUCUUCAAAAUAUGUGACUAAGUCUAAUGAAGAUAACCUCAGGAAGACCAUCAUCGAAGCUUGCCAGGAGGUCCGCAAGAACAUAGCUAAAAGAGUCAUUAGCAGCGGAGGAAAUGCAGUCAUUGGUUACAAUCAAGAUGUCAAAUAUGAUUUUAAGAAUACAAAGAAGCUAAGCAUCAGAGGGUACGGCACUAUUGCGUUCUUAACAAAGAGAGGAGACUCUGAUGAUGAGUCUCUUAUGGCCCAUUUUGAAGAGCAUAAGGAGGAAAGUCUGAAAGUUGAUGAUAAUCCUGAGACUAGUCCUUUAAUGGGUAGUAUCGUCCCUGUUUCUGGAAAUUUGGUGAUUUCUUCUCCCCCUCCUCUUGAAUUAGCGAUCAGAAAUGUGACUUUUUACACAUGAAACAAGGUUGAUCCUCUCACACUAAGAUAUGUAUCUCUAGUUAGCUCUAGAUCGGUCAAACUACUAUCUUCUAAAACUACACAAGGAGAGAUAGAUUCUUGGUGGGUGGCUGUACGAGAAGAAAUGAGACAACAUGCCAUCGCUCUCAGCUGUAACACCAUAAUGGGCUACAAAGAAACACUCGAUAUCUCAGAAGAGGUCAUCUUAAUUUCUGCAAUAGGAACAGCUGUGAACAUUAAAGAACCGUCUGAAGGUAAUAGCAAGAAGUCAAAAUUGUCUAAAAAGAAGCAAAAAUAAGCUCAGCAAAGCAGUCUCAAAAGAUCACAAAUCCAGCCCAAGACAAAUGGUUAGUAGUGACACAGGUGUGGUUAUUGACCCUAAAAUUUUUAAGAAAUAUUCAAUUUGCAAAUUUCUCCACAUUUCAACAAUGAAGAAAUAUAUUUGCCAAGAAUGAGGUCAGGGAUAUGUCCCUGAAAUCAUCAUUACAACGCUAGAACCUCUCAGUGGGCUCGAAUAUAUUGGAGAACCAAUGCAACUUGAAGCUAAGGUCAUCAAAAUGAAACGGAGCGAAAGGGGAGAGACUAAUGCACUCCAAAUCUCAGAAAAAAUCCUCUUCACUGAGUAUUACUUACAUUCCCAGAUAGUUAAAUAAAAUGAAAAUAUAUAGUAUGAAUGCUCUAUUCUCAUUCAGAGUAAAAAUUCUUAUUGGCGACAAAUUCAUAUUUGGAAUUGCUCAAGCCACAGCAAUGAGAUUGACAGCUCUUCCACUCCCUAGUGAGAUUUCAAUUAGACUCAAGAAGGGGAAAAUGGAGGCCAAAUUUAGCAAAGAAGCUAAGGAAGUAGAGCAAUUGUCUAAAUGAUUCAACCAACUUUCAAGGAUUUCUAAAAGGAGAAGAUUAUAUGACUAUCUUAAUCUUACCCAGAUUCCGAUCGAAGGAUCAGUUAUUGCACAUAGUACCAAGCUCAAGCCAAGAAAACUAAGCCUAGCUGAGUACCAAAACUUGUCCAAGAAGAGUAUCUCCCAAAUUAUCUCAGGGGGGUUUGGAGACAAGCUCCUUGAACAGCAUGAAGAUGAGUCUCCUCAAAUGGCAAAGUUAGACUUAAAAUAACAGCAUUGCAUCCCCCAAUAAUGUUCAAGUUGACAUCCCUAACUCAGGAAAAAGGUUCUCGACAAUCACUGAAAAACACGAACACGAUUCCUUAACAAAGGAUGAACUUAAAGAUAGAGGCCAAAAUAUUUUUGACGAAGAAGAGAAAGAAAUGAUCAGCGCCCCUAUCCGCACAACCCAGGUUGAUGAGGACGAAAAAUUGCUUGAGCUUCAGAAUCUUAAAAUUAGUGAUGAAAAUGGUGGAGCACAGCCUUUUAAAACUCUUUCUGCAUUACCCUUCAGCUUGGCUCCAAAAAUCAGAAAUAUCGAAAACCCUGAAAAUGAUACAAAGUCUAAUGCUAAAAACACUCAAGAUUACUUUGAAAUUUUCAAAGAUAAAUCGUUAAUAAAACAAAGAGAUAAAGAAAUACAGGAACUUAUAGACGCUAAGCAACUCUCAAACUCAACUUUUGUGAUUGAAAUAGAAGAUUUUGGAGAACUUGAUUCAUUCGUAACUCUCUUAGACCCGAUCACUCCAAAAGACGUGAAGAUUUUCACAAGCGAGAUAUUUCCAAACAUGCAUAGUCUAAAAUGAAAGCCAAAACUAAUGAUACAGUCCUUCAAAUUCCAGUUCACUGGUGAUAGUCACACUCCAUCGUAUCAAAAGCACCAAGAAUUCAUCAGUGAGAUGAACUUGGUCUAUACCAAAGCCAUUAAAUAUCUCAAGGACACCAUUUUGGAGACCUCAAAAUCUGAAAAGGAGGAGUUUAAAGGAGAAAUGGCCACUCGGCAACCUCGAUCAAAAAGUAUGAAAAAACAAGGAAAAUACGAGGAUAAAAAGACAGAACCUACAUUGAAUAAAUCCAACCUCAAGAUUAUCCUAAGCUCCUUUAAAGUGAUACUUAACAUUGAUGAGAAAAAUGAAGUCCAUGUCUGUGUCAUUUGUAUGGGAUGGGUAGGCAAUGAGGAUUGCCUCCUCCAUCAUAAUGAACAACUUGAGUAUAUGCAUAAAUAACAAAGUUCAAUGUGAUGUAUUGGACGUCAACCAAAUCGAAACAAGUCCUGGGAAAGAUGACCACAGAGAACCAUUUAUAAUCAAAGAACAUUCAAUUUUUGGGUGUCUUUGGAGAAGGAAAAGAUCGAUCAAAAGGAAAAUCCAUAAUCCACUCGAAUCUUUUUGUGAAAUUGAUAUUUUCAUUCCAUCAUUUAUCCCAGGAAAGAAGAUAUUGGAAUAUAAAGGAUACAUUGACGCUCAUUUAUACAUUGAGAUUAACAACUACGAAAUUGAGUCAUGCUUCAACCAGGUGAAUGACCUUCUAAGAGCUAAAGCAAAAUCUCUCAACUGCAACACAAUCAUAAACUACAAAGUAGAGUCCCUCCAAAUAUUCCCGAAGGAGCAAGAAUACAGCGUGAUUGUCAGUGUGGCUGGUGAUGCAGUUAUAAUGCUCGACUACAUUCCUGAUAAUAUUGAUGAAGAAAAAAACUGGUCUUAA